ACUUGCAUUGUUGUUUCCGAUCUCUCUCUCCCUCACUAUAAAAUUAACUCUUGGCUUUUUGCUUAAAAUCCAAGCCAACCCUAGCUACCCACAUUUUGUCUUCAUAGAAACCCUUUUCUCAAAGCCAUACAUCAGCAAUGGCGGAGAUGAUGACCCAACUGGGCUCAGCCUUUGCUGGCAUGAUGUUUAUCUGGGCGAUUUUUCGCGAUCAUUUCCCUUACCAAAUCAGGGGAUUCAUCGAGAGAUACUUCCAUCGAUUGAUGAAUCUAGUGUAUCCGUAUAUCCAAAUCACAUUCCCUGAACUCACUGGAGAGCGGAUGAAGCGUAGCGAGGCCUACAGUCGGAUUGAAAGCUAUCUUAGUGCCAAUUCAACCAAGCAUGCCAAGCGCCUCAAGGCCGAUGUUGUUAAAGACAGCCAGUCUCUGAUUCUAAGCAUGGAUGAUCAAGAAGAAGUCGCCGAUGAAUACAAUGGCAUCAAGCUCUGGUGGGUUGCAGUGAAACAUAUUUCUCAAUCACAAUCAUUUUCUUACCGCGCUACAUCGGAAGAGAGGAGGUUUUACAAGCUGACAUUCCACAAACGUGACAGAGAAAUCAUCACAGGAUCGUAUAUUGAUCAUGUGUUGAGAGAAGGCAAAGCCAUCGCGGCCAAAAAUCGGGAGCGGAAGCUGUUUACUAACAAUCCAAGCAAUAAUUGGGACUACUACAAGGCAACAAAGUGGAGUCAUGUAAUCUUCGAGCAUCCUGCGUCGUUCGAUACUCUGGCUAUGGAGGGGAAGAAGAAAGAAGAGAUCAAGAAGGACCUUAUCAAGUUCAGUCAGAGCAAAGAUUACUACGCGAAAAUUGGUAAGGCGUGGAAGCGUGGUUAUCUCCUAUAUGGUCCUCCGGGGACCGGAAAAUCAACCAUGAUUGCUGCCAUGGCUAAUUUCUUGAACUAUGAUAUCUAUGAUCUUGAAUUGACCACGGUUAAGGAUAACACGGACCUUCGAAGGUUAUUGAUUGAGACCAAGAAUAAGUCUAUAAUUGUGAUCGAGGACAUUGAUUGCUCGCUCGAUCUCACCGGCCAAAGAAAGAAGAAAAAAGAGAAGAAAAAAGACGAGAAUGAAGAAAACAAAGAUCAAACUCCUCAGAAGCCAAAAGAGGAAGAAGAGAGUAAGAGUAAGGUCACUCUGUCUGGCCUCUUGAACUUCAUUGAUGGACUUUGGUCUGCUUGCGGAGGCGAAAAGAUUAUAAUCUUCACGACUAAUUUUGUGGACAGGCUUGAUCCUGCUCUAAUUAGGACAGGAAGGAUGGACAAGCAUAUAGAGAUGUCCUAUUGUUGCUUUGAAGCUUUCAAGGUGCUUGCCAAGAACUACUUGGACAUUGAGUCGCACGAUUUGUUCGAUACAAUUGCGCGAUUGUUGAAGGAGACCGACAUGACUCCUGCUGAUGUUGCAGAGAAUUUGAUGCCUAAGUCUUUAGAUGACGAGGUAGAGAUCUGUCUAAACAGAUUCAUUAAGGCACUGGAGCUGGCAAAGGAGGAAGCAAGAAAGAAGUCUGAAGAAGAAGCGCGGUUGAAGGCUGAGAAUGAGAGGCUAGCAUCUGUGCAGGAAGAUGUGAAAGAAAAUGGAGUUGCAGUUAAGGAAGUGAAGGAAAAUGGGUUUCUUGAUAAGAAAGAAUCCGUCAAGGAGUGAAACAGAAUGGGAUUGGGUGCUAAGUAAGUAGUAUUAGCUGUAUGUCGUCCUCUGUAAAAUAUAAGAACUAUGUUUAGUUCAUAUGGAAAAAAAUAAAAAAAUUUAGCUCAUAAUAAUGUUAGAAGAAGACAUAUUCAUUUCAAUUCAGGCAGCUAGUUCGGCAUUCGAAUCCCCAAAUCUCAAAUAA